UCCACAGGCGCAAACUCUCGCAACAAUCUACCCGGAAGUGUACAUAGUCGUUGACAAAAAUUACGCAAGGAAUGUCUCCAAUGAAGAGCUCGUGCGUUAUCUCACAGUUUUCAUGACUGGGCUCAACAUGAAGCUUCAAGAUUUGACGCAACCCAGCGUUCAGCUGCGCUUAGUAGGGAUUCUCGUACACGAAGUCCUGGAGCGCAGCUAUGUCCGGGCCUUUGGAAACUUUGUUAUGGCACUCCAGACACUUACAAAAUUUUUUAUGGAAAUCGCAGGGCUCGCCAUUGGCUAUCCUGAUAUAUUCUUGCUACUCACCUCGGAGGACUUGAUUGGUGACAUAAACGGCGUAUGGGACAAAAGGGUAUCAGGUGUUUCGCCCAUUGGAGGAAUGUGCACUUACGGACAAAAUGCUCUCAUUGUUGAAGAUACUUAUGGCUCAUUUAUUGGACUAGAGGUCGGUGUGCACGAAUUCGGACACAUGUUAGGAGCACCCCAUGACCAGUAUCCUCCUCAGUACGACGGAAUUUGUGGAUGGAACCUGGGGUACAUCAUGAGCUAUAUCGACGUAGGCGAAACGAAGAACAAGUUUUCACCUUGCAGCAAGGGGUACAUAACACAGUCAUUGAGCAUGAAACAGCAGCAGUGUACAGCAAUGAGCUUUAUACUCGACUACCUGAGGUUCCAACCCGGAGUACUGCCCGGAUCAUUGUUUGAUGGCCAAGUGUUCUGCAAAGCGCUGCACCCGGAAGAACCGUAUAUCUACUUUCCCACCCAAUCGCAAACGACACUGCUACAGUGCCGGCUGACAUGCAAUAUUCCAGCUGGCGUCAAUGGAGGCUACACGUACUACACACACCGUGCACCGGAAGGAACUCCUUGCUACACUGGCGCAGUUUGCGUGCGUGGCAAGUGCGUGCAACCUUACGGACGAUAACCGCUGCACCUAAUCAACCGUAUUUAUUAGGCACUGAACAAAUCUUUUCUUCCGCACUGUACUGAACAGAGUUCUCCGAAACCCAAUAAGUUGAACCUUUUGCACUGGACUUAUUAGAAGGAACACAUCAGA